AUGGAAUGCCAUCAAAGCACAAAUCGAAAGAACACGAUCAAUCGUCUUUGGAAAAACUAUUCGAAUCCUUUACUUUCUAAUGAUGCAAAAGUUUCGAGCCCUUGUAAAUAUAAAAGUCUUUGUGUAGAAUAUCUUAAAUCAUUGAAUUGGAAUGAAGCUUUAUUUGACCGACGAUUUAAUCGUUGCUACUGUUCUAAUUGUUAUCCAGAUUCAUGGAACAAUACUCUUGUAGAAGCCGGUUCACUUUAUGUUAUUCCACGUCACUGGUGUCGAUUUGGUCUUCAAGUUGAUAAGAUACGAUCGGAUGUUGAUCAUAUCUGGCAUGAUUGGAUCGUGACCUAUCAUGGAACAUCAGCGGAAGCAGCUCAUUCAAUUGUUGCUUAUCGACAAUUUCUAAUACCUGGUGAUAAAUGCAUAGAUGGCGAGAAAAUUGCGAUACAUCCUGGACAUAUUAAAGAACAAUAUCAUAUUUAUACGUCACCGACUAUAGCCUAUUCGAGUAUUCCCUGCUAUUGUCCAUCAAAACAAUUUCGAUCAAAAAUAACAAAUAAUCUUUAUAAUGCACGUAUUGUUAUUCAAUGCCGACAAAAGCCAGGAACAUUUCAAGUUCAACAAGAAACAAUUGAAGCUGGUAAUAAGAGAAUUUGUCCAAUAAUACCAAAUAGUCAAGUAGAAAUAUUUACAACUUUUCGUGCAUCUAUUGUACCUUAUGGUUUAUUGAUACAUUUAACUGAAAUUUCCUAA